AUGGGCACUCUUGCUGUUCUGCUCUUCUAUUGCAUCGCCGUGGCGCAGCUGAUGGCGUUAAUCGACGAAGCAGGGCCGCGUGUGAGAACGAGGCCUGCUUGCCGGAUUGAGCCGUCGUUGCAGCUGCAGCCGCAGCUGGGGCUCUGGCGCCGCACAACCAUAAGUCUCAACGGCUGCACACACUUCACCCGACGGUUGCAGGGCAUUAGGUCCACGGGCAAAAGGUCUAGUACUCAGUAGGUCGAGUGUGACAGGAGGUCUAAUGCGAAGUGGGUCUCAUGCGACAGAUGGUCCCAUAAAACCGGAGGUUUAAAAUUAAAAGGUCCAAUUACACAGGUCUAAACACAGGUCUAAUACUACACACCGAAAACAUAAUAGGUGCUACCUAAAGGAAUUCCAAUUGGUAUAGAAAUAUCUAAUACGUAAUAGGUAUAUCAAGUCAAAUUUCAAGUUUCAGAAAAUGACUUUUUUUUCUUAUAAGAAGAUGAUAUUACGAAAUGUAUUGAACGACACACGGCCGAUAUCACAAAUAACAGACUUAGUUGGUUAUAAACCUCGACUGUCU